GUUUGAAAUUCAGUCAUAAUUGAGAUUUUGUUUGGUUUUGAUUUGCGGAUCAGUUGUGGCCGAAGACAUGCCAUCACCCAAACGAAAACCCAUUAGUCUAUUGGUGUCCGUCAAGACAUCGCAGCCACGAGUGGCCGACUAUUGGCUGACAGUUCCGGCCGCUGUUCUCACCAUCGAUGACCUCAAACGACACCUGAUGUCCACUCUUGCCAUCGAUGGUCACAACGAAGUGGAUCUAUGGCUCGACAACGGGCUGUUACGCGACGGCCGCACACCUGUCGGCCAUAUUCUCAUGAAUCGAGACCACCUCGAGGUCCGGCCCGCGAACGCAGACCAUUACCCCGUAAUACCGGCCAUUGUGUCCGCCGAUGAGGUCGAUCGUUCGGACGCGGAAUCGACGGACAGUCGGACCACUUAUACGGUGACGAGCCGUCAAAUUGAAGAGCAGAUGAACAGCAGCGGUGAGCGGUUCCCGAUUUUGAAUGACUUGGAUGCGUUGGCGAACAGCACUUACACCUCUUGUGCGAACAAUUGUAGUCCACAGUCUGUGGCCUCUGAACUCAGCAAUAGAUCCAGACGUAAAGCCAUUAAAUCGGCCGACAGUUUGCUUGAUUGUGAAUCAUCGGAGAGCCAUUAUAUGACUGUUGCGGACAAUGAGACGUGGACUCGGCAUUUGGUGGACAGUUCGGACAACGAUUACUACUCGACUCUAAACAUAUCGUCUAAAAAGCGGUCAAAACGGCGAUCAAAGAGUAGCCGCUCAACCAAUACGUCGCCUAUAGUUAGCGGCCAUUCAUUAGACACAUUGUUGGGACAAACUGAAACACUGGCCGCUGAAGACAUGACUGGAGAUGAGGACCGCUUAGAAGGACUGGAACCGCUCUCCACAUCGACUCCUAAAGCCUCUCCAACUGUCGUUAAUGAAGAGAAACUGAAGAUAAGCCCAAAUGACUCGACAUUUAUGUUAACACAACCACAACCGGAAUCAUCGGUCAAAGAUCUUAAUGGCAACUCAACUACUGAUUUAGUUAUUAUUUGUUCGGAUAUGAAUGAGGAGACCGUCGAUGUAAUAGACGCUAAAAGUGAUGCGAUUGCCGACGUGUCCGCAAACUCGGAACCCCUUUAUUACUUUGGUUUUGGAAAUAUUCAUGAGUGGUAUAAAGAGUAUAUUAAGAGUAUUCGUUCGGUUACUUCGGCCGCGCCUUCAUCUGCCGACCGGUCGAGACGGACAUCGAAUGUGACCAACACUUCCAGUGAUAUUGAGAACACCUCUUCUCUAGUUAUUAAUGAACUAAAGGACAAAUUUAAGGAUUUGGAUAUUAAUUAUGAUUCAAAUAACUCAUCACUGGAUGUGUCGCUGGGAGUCGACAGCGUAUCGCAAAUUGCGGACAAAGUAAAGAGGGAAGUGUUUAAUGAAGACGUGGACGCGACGGGUGCGGCGCCGGAACCCAUUCCCGCUCUCAUACAGACUAUGGCUGUGUUGAUGGCAACGGAGCGCAAAACGAACGGCGGUUUUACGUUCAACGUUAUCAUGAGUUUACCCAUCGGAACGGCCGAUGACUGUCCACUCGUCGACAACUAUACGCUUCAAAUGGACACUUUGGCCAAUCGUAUUGACUCAACGAACCGCCGUUUGGAAGCGUUACGCAAAGACAUGGCUCGGGCCGGACUGACACCACUGGCCGCCAGUGACUCACGUGACGCACUCAGUGUCUCCGAAAUGUCGACAUUUAUUAUGCAUUUGUUUCCGUUUCCGCACAUCACUGCCGGUCCCCGAGAUUUGGUGGACGAACGCAACGCACGACUACUUGAAUACCUUGUGUUGAAACAGGAGUUGGCCGUCAAUAAGGAGGCGCUCAUCCAUCACAUGAAUUCAUUCAAUUAA